AUGGGACGUACCGAUCUUCACGCUCCCUUGUGCCAUGAGGAGGACGUGGCUCUCCGUCAGACUCACGAGCGCCAGCCCCUGCUUGCGGAGAAAGGCGAUGCCACUGAGAACCUGAGACGGCGAGUCAGAGACCAUGCAUCAGUGCCUCCCACGCUGAUGGAUACGUACGGGCCAGAUGAUCUCCACGAUUUCGUGAUCGGUCACAUCGCAGUUGGAAGCCAGCAUAUCCGCCAACGACGCCUCCCAUGGCUCCCAGACCAAGUACUGUUGCGGACUAUCAGCCAUAUGGUCCAGCAGCUCGGGGAAGCUGCGAUGGCUGUUCCGUCGAAUCUGGGUGACGGCGGUUGUCGAGUCGAUGUCCCGCAAUGGCUGUAUGGCGACGAGGCGGCUCUUUGUGAUGCGAUGUCGCGCUAG